GGAAGAGACAGAGGCAAGCUCGGUGAUGGCAUCUGGUCCGUCAAGGAUCGAGGCGAGCUGCGUGAGACCCCUGUGCAGGAAUUUUGCCCGUGGAUUCUGUCGGCGGGGCCACAGCUGCCGCUUCUCACAUGACAGAAAAUCAGCCCAGGUCUGCAGGUACUUCCAGAGUGGGUUUUGCCGUUAUGGAGAGCAGUGCAGCUACCAGCACACCCAGGAGGAACCAGCAGCAGUAGGGACCCAAUGUGGUCUGAUGCCCUGCAGCCAGGAGCCUGGCACUGAGCCCACAGCCACGGACCAGGACCAGGGGGGAGCCCAGUGCACCUCGGCCCACCCUGCCCACAGCAUGAUGUGUGUGGCCUGCAAGCUCCCCAAAGGGGAGGCAGAAGUGGAAGAGAAAGACAAGAACAUCCCAGCACUUGGUAACGUCCCCUGUGGAGCCAUCAGUGGAGAAUUUGUUGCCACAAAAGCUCAGGCUGCCUCAGACUCCCAGCCCCAAGGGCCAGCACUGGACCUGGACUCUUCUGACCCCAGAGAGGCAGUUUUGGAGACAGCGACAUGGACUGACCCUGCUAAGGUCCCUGCAGAGCCAGGUGCUGUGGCAGCCCAGGUCACCGCGGCGGCGCUGAGAGCCCAGAGCGAGGCUGUGGUGUGUGGGAUCUGCAUGGACAGGGUGUACGAGAAGGCGCUGCCAGAGGAGCGGCUCUUUGGGAUCCUCCCGAACUGCAGCCACGCAUACUGCGUGGGGUGCAUCCGCAAGUGGCGGCGCAGCCGCGACUUCCAGAGCGCCGUCGUAAAGGCCUGCCCAGAGUGCCGGAUCACCUCCAAUUACUACAUCCCCCACAAAUACUGGAUCUCAGAUGUGGAUGAGAAGGAGAAGCUCAUCAGAUCCUUCAAGGCUCAGACAGGAAAGAUCAGGUGCAGAUUCUUCGUGCGUGGCCAUUGCCCUUUCAGAUCAGAGUGCAUCUACCUGCACGAGCUGCCUGCCCAGCAGCCACGACGGCAGCCACGACGGCGGCAGCGACGGCAGCGGGGGGGGGGGGGCCGCCAGCCACGACGGCGGCAGCGACGGCAGCGGCCGAGGAUGCUCGCGGUGCUCAUCCCUUCUUCCUCGGAGAGCUCGGAUGAGGAGUUGGACACGCUCGACUGGGCUCUUACUGUGGCCUUGCUGGAGGAAGAAUAUCCCGACAGAGAACGUGAACGUCAGAUGUUUCUCAGAGAGAUAUUUCUGACACUCUUCAGCGAUUCCGACUGA